CUUUAUGACAUGGAUCAUGGCACUGAUAAAAGCUGGACCAAGACAGAGACUCUUCACGUGCCUGGAAUCAAAGUAGACAAGAAGGACAUGGAAAGGCAUUGGGGAACCGGUCAUGGAGAUGAACUCCAGUUUUUCUUCAAAUGGGAAGGCGUGAAAGGCGUUUCCGACGACAACAACGAAGCUGACAUAGAAAUGAAAGAGAUCUUUUUGGAUUACUUCACGAACUUUGCGACCUUCGGGUCUCCAAACAAUCCAAGCUUUCCAAAACACCGCUUAAACUGGCCAAAUUUCAAAUGGAAUUCCACAGCGAGUAACAUUUUCGUUUUCAACCCGAACCCACGACUGGUUCCCGAAUUGCUAACCAGCAAAUCCCACGAGUUCUGGAAGAACCUUCGCAAAAUCCAU